AUGGCAACAACAAAAGCAGAACCCCACGUUCCGGAAGAUGUAACCGUCGAAAUACUCUCCAGAUUACCUCUCAAAUCAUUACUGCAAUUCGCCGGCGUUUCGAAACGCUGGUAUUCCAUGGUCUCCGACGUCACCGCCAAAAGAAACAGAAGUCUGAGAGUUUUCACCGCGUCCACCUUCAGAUCAGGUGGAACUCUGAGUUCCCCGGAUUUUUCGUCCACCGAUGAAGUUGGUCACGUAAAAAGCGUUCGUAAUCCAUGGACAGAGGGCUCAUGCUAUUGGCAUGUCAACUUAUGCGGUUCAUGCAACGGGUUGUUGCUUUUGGCACUUGACGACGACUUCUUCCUGUGGAAUCCAGUCACUAACUACUUGAAGGUGUUAUCGUUUUUUCGACCCCUUUUUGACCAGUUCUACUAUUAUGUUACUGGACUUUGUUACGAUUCUUCAACCGAUGAGUAUAAGGUUGUAAUGGCGCAGUCUCCAAGAGAGUAA